AAGCACGGGCGGGCCCAGCGCCGCCGCGACCGCUCGCAGCGCCGCCCGGCAGCGCCCCCUGCCGCGCCCCGCCGGCACCGCAGGCCGCAGCAAUGGCGGCCCCCACGGCCCACGCGUGAGUCCUUCUGGCGACCGCCACUGCCGUGGAGUCUGGAUAAGAGCCGUCAGGAGAGGUUUUUAGCUGGAUUGAGGCUACCAAGUGAUAGCGAUCUGGAACCACCGUUUUAGAGGAGUGGCACCAAAAAACCUGUUAUGCCUAGUGCUUUACAGGACAAAUAAGACUCCCUGCUUCCUCAGCUGUCUAAAAAUCAAGCCAUAGAUACUGAGCUUCAAUCUGAAAACGAUCUUUUCGCACACAUGUUCUCAGGAGGAAAAUAUGGAUUGCAAUCAGCUGUUCUCUGAAAUUCCUCUUGCCCUGACUCAUUUUUGGAAGUGAAGCUGAUUCAUGUCCAACUGUCUUGGAGGAAAGAUGCCAGCUUCUUUAAGAAAACUGCAGCAAAUGGCUGUUUUCAUGGGACUGUUCAGCGGUGGGGGAUGCAUCGUGAUGUAUAAUCUUAUGCAAAAGAGUUUUGCCAGGACCCAGUAUUAUCAGCAGGGUUUGGAGCAAUUGAACAGCAACCCUGAUGCCCUGGAAGCCCUGGGUGCCCCACCUCUUAAGGUUCACAACAUCCGACUGACAGAUGGGAGUAAUCGUGUGGACACAGAAAGAGCACAGAUAAAAUUACCAGUAUCUGGAACAAAAUCAGCGGGGUACCUCUACAUUAACUCAGAGAUGGACCACUCCCGUCAAUGCUGGUGCCUUCAGGAUGUCACCCUGAAACUGCGGGAUGGUCAGAAUAUUCCAGUUUACCACUCCCCGGUGGAAAGCAUUGGUGUGCAAGAAGGCUAAAAAUCAAAGGCAGCUGUUUCUCCACCUCCCACUGAGCCGAAGGAGCCAUUAAUCGAUUGCAUCCUGCUGUGUCUGUGAAUGUAUGGAGUUGUCACAAGUGACAAUUUCACUUAAGUGGGUGCUCUCAAGACAAUUUUCUAAGAUUGACCUCAUCAUUGUCAUAAUUGUAAUUUUUUUUCUUUUGCUGGUUUAUUCAUGCGUUCAGCAGAAGCCAAAAAUAAAUAACUUGCAAAAGA